AUGCAUCUUACCCAGGACCCCAAAGUUGAGAUAGGAUUGAGCGAUCAGGGAACGGUCAACCCUGCCUUUAGGGUAAGUGCUGCUUCACUCUCUCAAAACAACUGAAGAACUGCCAAAUCACACCGCAUUAAGUAUCACAUACUCUCAAAUGUAUGUUCAGUGUUCAUUGGUUCCUUGAAAUCUUUGGUUUCUUAUGCUGAAUUUCAUGAUGUUGGGUCUCAAUCGAGAGGGGAAAUGAACAUCAUUUUAGUGGGAUGUGGGAACUUUUCCCAACUGUAUUCAUGCUGGUUUACUUCUGCACAGGAGGAAAACAAAGGGCUGAGUUAUUCAUCUUAGAAACUAGAGCUGAAUUUAAGCUACUGUGGAAUGUAAUUUGCCCAGAGCAUACUGAACAGACUGGGUAGAUCAAUGGAAAACAUUGUUUGAUUCCACAGCAUGUAGCAUAGAUAUGUCGUUAUCAAAAACAGUCAUGCAAUGCAAAACCAAUAUAUAUAGAAAUGACAAGAAAUGACAUUAAAAUGAUAAUAACACAGUUAUAACCUAUAAACUACGUGUUUGACUCCUAAGGAAUAAUUUAAAUAUUCUCCCAUACAAUUGGCAUUUUUAUUUAUUUAUAUGCAUAAGUUCUGUCUCCCACUGCAAAGCCUUAAUGGUAAUCAACGUCUAGAAAACUGACUCAGAAAGGCAGUUAGCCAGGAUGAAUUAAGGCUAUAUUGAGUCGUUUCAUCUUACCAUCCAAAGGCAAUGCAUGCAGCCAGCUAUACACUGGUAUCCCCCGUGAGCCGGUUCGUACAUAAAACCUCCACUCAGGCUGCAAAGGCGUUGAUUUCCUCCUUAACUCGAUUUAAUGGCGAAAAGAAGGAAAAAACUGGGAAAAUGUGCGUACUUUUUUAUGAAACACAUUUUUCCACCACCAUGCUAACGUGGCUAAUGAUGUUGCGCAUUGUGUUCAGCCAGGGGUAAACUUCAGACUGCUGCAACCUGAUUGGCUGAACGCGAUACGCCGCAUCCGGGACUAGCAUUCCUCGCCAUUAUAUUGAGUUAAAGAUGAAAUCGAUGCCUUUGCAGCCUGAAUGGAGAAGGUUUUAUGUACGAACGGGUCCACUGGGGAUACCAGUGUAUAGCCGGCUACAUGUAUUGCCUUUGUACGGUAAAAUGAAACGAUUCAAUAUCCCCAGCUGUUAUAAGGAUGAUUAUAAGAUGAUAAUAAGACAUGAUAAAGGGGUUGUACUGUACGUACUUAUGACAAACAAGUCUUAAAAUGUUUUAUAUUCGUAUAAUAAUGCAUUAUAGUUAUGGGGCUUAAGUAAAUGUUGCUGAAUUACUAUUUUUUAUUUAUUUCAGACUGAAUGGGGCGCUCAGUGUACACAGCUGGAUUGAGACUUUAUUUUCACCCCCCGAAGCAUAUUUCUCCCCAACCUAUCAUAGCAAACAAGACAACCAAAACAACAGCUGCCUGCACAAAAUCAUUUUAGAAACAAUUGGCUGAGCCAAAGCAGACGUUUAUGAUAAAUGUAUGAGUUUAUUUAAUUGCUAAUUCAAUAUAAUGCAUUCAACUGUGGUGGACUAAACUGCAGUGUUAUUCAUCUUUCUUCAUGUCGUGGCAUUUUCCCAGCACAUUGAGUUAGGAAAAUGCGAAGAACAGGCAAAUCCCACAGUUGUCAAUAACCCUAAGACCAGGUAACACACCCUAAAAUAGUCAAAUCAAAUCAGCUAAAAAAUCAAUAAAUCAAAUUAAUAGCACAUUAUUAUACAAUCAUUUGAGUAAAAAAAAAAGAAAGAAAUGUAUACGUUGAAGAUUGUUUGCUAAUUCCUACACUGUAUCUCUACUGCAGUAUUUCCAACAAUUACUUUUGUUGCUGCAUUUUGACCAGAUAAAGACUUUGCGGUGAAUGAAUAACAUGUGGUAAAAUAUUUUUACAAGGAUCAAAAUCUCACAGAGUAGAAAUGUACAAGCCUCACAAGUGUAAGAUAAACAUUGAGACCAUGACUAGAGUCCAUGACUGUCUGGAGAUAAUGUUUGAAUUAAUAACCCUCCCGUUGUCCUAGGGUCAAAAUGACACGCCACUGUGUUGAACCAACUUUAUUUAAUUGUUAUAUUUUUUGGAUCAUUUGUGAGAAGGAGGCAGUGAUACUUUCUUUAAAGUCUCACUGCCUCCUUCUCACAAAUGAUCCCCAAAAUAUAAAAAUUAAAUAAAGUUGGUUCAACACAGUGGCGGGUCAUUUUGACCCUAGGACAACGGGAGGGUUAAGGCAUUAAAUGUUUUUCCGACUUCAUGACAACAAGUGGAAGGUGUAUCUGAACCAACAGUUUGUGUGUCCCAGAUAGAUGCCAGCAUUUAGAAUGUAAUGGUCCGGUGGACAGACACCAAAUCCCAAAGUGCUGAACGAACAAAUAUUGUGUAUUCAUUAUCAAUUCAGCAACAGCAUGAUGCAUUAAACAGUAAUGUAACGGUUGCAUUCCACAUCUGUUCUGAACUAAAUGCUGUGCUCAGAAAUGGAAGUGAUCUUGUCUACUUAAAAAAAAAAAAAAAAAAAAUAUCCAUAAUACACUAUAUAUGCAAAAGUAUGUGGACACCCCUUCAAAUUAGUGGAUUCGGCUAUUUCAGCCACACCCGUUGCUGACAGGUGUAUAAAAUUGAGCGCACAGCCAUGCAAUCUCCAUAGACAAACAUUCACCUUACUGGCCUUACUAAAGAGCUCAGUGACUUUCAACGUGGCACCGUCAUAGGAUGCCACCUUUCCAACAACUCAGUUCGUCAAAUUUCUGCCCUGCUAGAGAUGCCCCGGUCAACUGUAAGUGCUGUUAUUGUGACAUGGAAACAUCUAGGAGCAACAAUGGCUCAGCAAUGAAGUGGUAGGCCACACAAGCUCACAGAAUGGGACCUCCGAGUGCUGAGGCGCGUAGCGAGUAAAAAUUGUCUGUCCUCGGUUGCAACACUCACUACCGAGUUCCAAACUGCCUCUGUAAGCAACGUCAGCACUUCAUUGCGUCGGCUGGAGUGGUGUUAAGCUCGCCACCAUUACACUGGAGCAGUGGAAACGCAUUCUCUGGAAUGAUGGUCCGGGGCUGUUUUUCAUGGUUCGGUCUAGGCCCCUUAGUUCCAGUGAAGGAAAAUAUUAACGCUACAGCAUACAAUGACAUUCUAGAAAAUUCUGUGCUUCUAUCUUUGUGGCAACAGUUUGGGGAAGUCCCUUUCCUGUUUCAGCAUGACAAUGCCCCUGUGCACAAAGCGAGGUCCAUACAGAAAUGGUUUGUUGAGAUCAGUGUGGAAGAACUUGACUGGCCUGCACAGAGCCCUGACCUCAACCCCAUCAAACACCUUUGGGAUGAAUUGGAACGCUGACUGCGAGCCAGGACUAAUCGUCCAACAUCAGUGCCCGACCUCACAAAUGCUCUUGUGGCUGAAUGGAAGCAAGUCCCCGCAGCAAUGUUCCAACAUCUAGUGGAAAGCCUUCCCAGAAUAGUGGAGGGUGUUAUAGCAGCAAAGGGGGGACCAACUCCAUAUUAAUGUCCAUGAUUUUGGAAUGAGAUGUUCGACGAGCAAGUGUCCACAUACUUUUGGUCAUGUAAUGUAAUUUUCCAUACAUAAUGUUGUUGAAAAGCCACAGUUGGUUGUGUUUGUAAGGUGGCAAUGUAGUAACUGAUUGCCAAGACUGGCCUGUUAUACUUCUAAAAUGGAAUGAGGAAAGUGAAGGAAGUACUAGUGGGAGGCCAUCUGGUUAUGAUUUGGGUUUAGAGGGCCAUCAUGCUCUGUGGCAUGAUGUACAGUGGGCUACACACCCACAUGCAGUGAAAAGCUCGCUUCAUUUAAGCUAUUACAACAUUACUAUCAAUGUCUAUGGCAGGGAUGGACAACUUCAGUCCUCGUGGGCCUGAUUGGUGUCAAAUUUUUGCCCCAUCCCCAGCACCAGCUAACAGACCUGACUCCAAUAAUCAACUAAUCAUGAUCUUCAGUUUAAAAUGCAAUUCGUUUAAUCAGCUGUAUUUGCUAGGGAUGGGGAAAAAGUGUGACACCACUCCGGCCCCCGAGGACUGGAGUUGCCCAUCCCUUGUUAUGGGAUGGCGCACAUGGUGAUCCACAUUUAAAGGAAAGUGGAGGGGAAAUCCAUUAGGUGGCAGCAAAAGAUUAGCAGAUAGUAGCCUGAGCACAUAUCGCUGAAACCAGCUGUUGGAUAAGUCUACCUUCUGUGGCUCAAACAAGCAAAGACACAUGGAUUGGUUCUGAGAAGUCCUGUUGAAUUCUAUGACUGUUGUUCAUGUGAUGAGGCAUCGAAGGUACUGUUCUGAGAUUAAAGGCUUUCAGAGUGGAUUUUAAGGCUUUUUUUGUGACAGUUGUAAGAUUUCUGUACCUGUUGAACACAUUGCUAUCCAUUCCUGCUUUAACCUUUUCCCCCAAUACCUGCUUCCUCUCCACCUCUUGCCAGUGAAAACGUAUUCAUACCACACAUUUCAUAUGUAUCAUUCACCUUACCUCAAUGAGGGAUUAGGUGUCAUGAUGAAGGUAGCUAUGUUAGGAAUAGCUGCCCGCAUUUCAUUUUUACACAAGUGUUUGUAGACACAAAUAAGGUGUAUGACUGAACAUAAGCGUCAUCAUGUGUGUGUCUCUACAAUGCAAGGGAUAUCUAUACCUGCUACUUUAUAAUUGCUAAAAUCAACUUCUUGCCUGAUUAAACAAUACUACUUGAGCUCAGUCAACCAAGCAAUCCCUCUUUUAAACAAGUUUUAAUCCAUAGUGAAUUACCUCAAACAGUCAAAGGAACACACACAGCAUAUGGAAUGGAAUAUGGCCUGUGGGAUGCGUGUUAACAUGGGCCUGACCUCUUUAUCUUUAGGACACUGACUGGUUUCAAGCAGCGUUUGUGGACUAUUUGGCCCUGUUUACCGUCAGAAUGGAUUACUAGCUGCCCACACCGGUGCCAUUUUUUACCAUAUCACCUAUCACAUGCUCCCAUCAGACUCGGUAUAGAUUUCCCUUUCACGGUCACAGGGUGCAUGGGACAAAAGAUGGGACUGGGAAUCCAUAGCUCAGGCCAUAAUGGAGACAUGGAAAUGGAUUCCUAAGGGUCAUUUCAAUGAUUGAACAUUCACUGUGGCCGUUACACAGUAGCACUAGCGUAUAUUAGGCAUACCCUUUUUCCCUGCGGUAAAAUAAAAAUCACUGGGCAUGGUAGGAAUACCACUAAGACUUCCUUCACAGGCAGAUGUUUCUUGUUUUCUUGUUUUUUUUUGUUGUCGUUGGCAUGCUGUUCUUUUAGAAUUUGACAUCAAAGAAGAAUGUUAAAGGGAUUUAACACAAUCCUGUGUGGUUGUAGUUGGACUGUUUCUGUUCUGUUGUUCUCAGAAAACUACUUCAUCAAGAAUUUUAGGUUUUUAGAUUGUUUUGGGAAUUUCUUAUGAUAAUAAUAAUAAUUUACUUUGAUGUCCAUUUUUCUAGCUUGAUGGGUAGCCUCAGAGGGUUAUUUUUAGGUCAAAACAUGUAAGCUUAUGUAAGUAUGUACAGUAUAUAAGUAUAUAUCGCAAAAUCCAAUUUAAAAAAGGAAUUCCACUCAAAAGUAGAGAUUUAACAUCAUCAGCUUUCGUGUUCUACUACAGAUUUUGACUUAAAAGGGCAACCUGCAGUUUCUAAAUCCAUAUUUGGACUUAUAAAUUAAUGAUAUUUACCCAUUGAUUCUUGAAGAAUAUAACUUAUAAAUACCAAAAUAUAAGCUUGUUUUACUCCAAUGUUUGUAAAUAUACCGUAUAGCCUCAAAACUUAGUUAAAACUAUCAUUUUGAUAUCAUUGAUGGUCAGUUCUUACACCCAUAGCUCUGUCUAUGAAUUUGAGAGUGGUUACAUUUCUCCAGCCCUAUCCCUCAGCUUUUUACCAAAAUAGUGGUGGGAAAUAGUUUGUUAUUGUUUAAACUGGAGAUUGCCCCUUUAAAGCUGAACUAUAUGGAACAAGGAACAAAACCGCACAUUUCAACUUCCCCUCUAAAGACAGUUGUUUUCCUCCACAGGGCCCGGACAGUGGUCAGUCAGAGAGGGUUGACAUGGAUGGGUCUCACACAGAGGGCCUGGAAGAAGGUCUGGAGGACCAGAACAAAGGCCUGGAUCUGGUCUACUCCAUCAAUGAUAGGCCACCAUGGUAUCUCUGCAUCCUGCUGGGCUUCCAGGUAAAGGAACAACACAAUGCAGGUUGUACCCUGUGUUAUCCACCAGGGUUGGGGUCAAUUCCAUUUUAAUUCAGUCAAUUCAGGACGUGAACUGAAAUACCCAUUCCAAUUGAAAAUUAAGAAGUUGUGAGGAAAAUUAGAAUUGGAAUGUCAAUUUACUACCUGAAUUGACUGAAUUUAAAUUGGAUUGACCCCAAACCUGCUGUGAACCAGACAUCUUCUUUAUUGAGAAAAAAUGUACUUACUACGACUGUAAUAUGUGAUUGUCUCACCUGGCUAUCUUAAGAUGAAUACACUAACUGUAAGUCGCUCUGGAUAAGAUCGUCUGCUAAAUGACUAAAAUGUAAAUGUACAUCCUUUACCUACUCCCUCUUCCCCUGUAUAAAUAUCUCUUAGUCUAGAGUUAAGUCUCCCUCCUAUAACAAUUUCCCAUCUAGCCUUUCUUGGAAAUAGUUCUGCAUGCGGGUUCCUAGCAGUCAUAUACUGUAAGUCCCCAUCUCACCCACUCCUUCUCUGUCUUUCCUUACCCACUUCAAAGUCACCCCAUAUUUGAUGUCACCAUUCCUCAAAGGUAAAAAACAUAAUGGAAAGGAAACAGCCCAUAUCUUAAUUAAUAAGUCCCACCAUUGCGCCUGAGUUAUUUAAGACUAUUAACCCCUUUUAAACAUUGUAUGUUUGAGCUACAGACUUCUAGGUUGUACCAUUGGAUUCGUCUAUUUCUUCUAUUUCUUCUGCAUCCAGUGUUUGUGAGACAAGGGUGGAUCCCGAAGAAGCCCGGGGCCGGAUCUUCAUUCUGUAGCCAGAAUGGUUUGAGCUACAAACAUGUCGUCCAAAAAGUUAUACAUUUGACUCAUCUGUCCAUAGAACAUUCUUCCAAGAGACUUGAUGAUCAUCCAGGUGCUUCUAGACGCUUUUUGGGCAAACUUGAGUCAACUUUUUGGACGAGGUGGGUCCCAUUAUGUCUGGCAAAAACCAAACACUGCAUUCCACAGUAAGAACCUCAUACCAACGGUCAAGCAUGGUGGUGGUAGUGUGAUGGUUUGGGGAUAUUUUGCUGCCUCAGGACCUGGAUGACUUGCCUUAAUAGAAGGAACCAUGAAUUUUGCUCUGUAUCAUAGAAUUCUACAGGAGAAUGUCAGGCCUUCUGUCUGUGAGCUGAAGCUGAAGCACAUCUGGGUCAUGCAGCAAGACAAUGAUCCAAAACACACAAUCAAAUCUACAUGAAAAUUGUUGAAAAGCAACAAAUUUGAAGUUUUGGAAUGGCCUAGUCAAAGUCCAGACCUAAUCCCAAUUGAGAUGUUGUGGCAGGACUUGAAACGAGCAGUUCAUACUUGAAAACCCACAAAUGUCGCUGAGGCUAAAAUUCCUCCACAGCGAUUUGAGAGACUGACUAACAACUACAGGAUGCAUUUGGUUGCGGUCAUUGCAGCUUAAGGUGGCACAACCAGUUAUUGAGUGUAAGGGGGCAAUUACUUUUUCACACAGGGGAAUUGGGUAUUGCAUAACUUUGUUAACUAAAUUUCUGUACUUACAGCAGGGAUGGGUAACUUUUUAUGUGGGUGGGGGCCACUAUUUCCUGCAAUUCUACACAUUUUGCCAUAAGGUGGAGGCACAUUUUUACAGUUUUUAAUAUGAUAACUGAUGGUCAAAAGUUGUGCACUAUAUAGGGAAUAGGGUUCCAUUUCCCACUUAUGCAUUCUCAUUUCGACCCCAAACCCAAAACUGGUGUGCGUUGCCAAAGAGCUCUAUUUUCAAGUCAUCUGACCAAAGCACCAGUUCCAAUCCAAGUGCCAAUGCUGUUUAGUGAAGUCCAGGUGUUUACAUUUGUUGGACAACAUGAAAAUAGAGCUCUUUGGUUACACUCACUAGUGGCAGGUUUGGCAUCGAAAUGAGAAUGCAUGAGCAGAAAAGAACCCCAUACCUACUGUAAAAUAUGGUGGUGGAUAUUUUAUGUUAUGGGGCUAUUUUGCUUCCACUAGACCUUGGGCCCUUAUUAAGGUCAACGGCAUCAUGAACUUUACCCAGUACCAGGACAUUUUAACCAAAAAUCUGGUUGCCUCUGCCAGGAGGCUGAAAUGUGGCCGCAAGUGAACAGUAUCUUCUAGCAAGACAAUAACCCCAAGCACACAUCAAAAUCCACAAAGAAAUUGUUAAUUGACAACAAAAUCAUCAUUUUGCAAUGGCCAUCUCAGUUCCCGGGCUUGAAACCCAUUGAAUUGAAGAGGGCAGUCCAUAAGCACAGACAAAGGAUAUCAAGGAUCUGGAAGGACUCUGUAUGGAGGAAUGGUCUAAGAUCCCUCCCAAUGUGUUCUCCAACUCAUAAAACAUUUUAGAAAAAGUAUCGGUGUCGUUAUCCUCGCAAGGUGAGGUAUUGAAAGGUAUUGAAAACAGGGGUGUCAAUCCUUUUGAACCCUACCUUUUGAACCCUACCUUUUUGAUAAAAUAAAUAUUACUUGUUAAACAAGAUCUCUGAGCAAUUAUAUUAGUAUAAAGUAAUAUAUAUGUUUAGCAUACAAUAUAUCUCAGUAUUUGAAAUAUUUAUUUUAUACAUCAUUUUUGCUCAUCUUUAUCAAGGGUGUCAAUAAUUUUGGACCCCACUGUAUGUAUGUAGUAACUUGUAUUAUUAAUUGUAGCAGUAGUUCUAUUAGCUGUAGGCCUAUUAGUAAUUUAACAACUUUUUCUGUGCUUAACUUUUUGUUGUUGUUGCUGUUAAUGUAGCUUCAUUGCCAAAAUCCUGACCUAUCCUUUUAAACCAAACGUCAUUAUCGACUAAUAUCGACUAAUUAUCAACUAUUUUCCCACUGCACUGUGUCAAAAAUGUACGUUUUACAGUUAAUGUCCUGCAAUUCUACUCAUUUUGCCAUGGGGUAGAGAGCAAAAAUGUUUUUUUUGGCUAAUUUCCUGCAAUUCUACACCUUUUGUAAUGACUUAUGCCAUAUUAAUAUGAUAUGACAGAGAAUGACUAAUAAAAUCAAUAUGGUAUUCGGCCAUGGUUAAUACAAGUUUAGAUAGCUGGCUAGACUAACGACCAAUCUAAAAAUUGUUAGCUGACAUGGCUAAUUGAGUCUGUCAGUGACUGACAUAACAAGACAAAAACUGCCACAUUUUGAAAUUGCACCUGGUGUAUUCUUACUUAAUAAUAAUACUUCUUAAGUUGAGACCCCAACUUGGGCCCUAAGCGACCGAUUAUGUUGCUUAUGCCUGGAACUGGAUAGUGAGGUGGGGCCCCCAAAAGGCUAGAGACCUCCAGGGGGCCCACAUUGAUUUUAUUAGUCAUUCUCUCUCAUAUCAUAUUAACAUGGCAUAAGUCAUUACAAAAGGUGUAGAAUUGCAGGACAUUAACUGUAAAAUGUAAAUGUUUUCUCUACACUGUCAAGAGGGAGGCCACUAAAAUGUUUUGCCAUGAGGUGGGGCCCCCAAAAGGCUAGAGCCCCCAAAAGGGGCCCUGAUCCUUAACCUUAGGUGGGACAAGCCUAGCUUGUUUAGCCUAGUAUAACACAAGCAUUUGCACACCUGUGCACUGAAAGCCCAGGGCUAACAUGUCAAGUAAGUGACAGAGGCGCUGAUGGGACAAUUAAAGGACCAUGCAUAUUCUGUAGAAGUCACUCAGCAAAUAUGUUUUCACACUGCUGAUUUCAACAAUGUGUUUGUAAUGUCAGGCAGGUGUUUGUGGUGAUUUAUCAGGCUAGCACUGAAAAGAGGAGGGCCAGCUAAGACCUGGACCAAAAUGGUGUUAUCCAACUUCAAUUAAUGCAUUAUGUGAAAAUGAUGUGUGAAAUGUGGUUUUGUCCACCAAAACCUGUGAAGAGCUUUAAAGGGAUAGUGAUAGAUUUAGGCAAUUAAGCCCUUUUUCUACUUACCCAGAGUCAGAUGAACUUAUGGAUACCAUUUUUAUGUCUCUGAUUGAGUGCAGUUUGAAGGACGUUAGAGGUAGUUUCGUGAGCCAUUGCUAACUAGGGUGAGCGCAAUGGCUGGAUGUCUACAUGGACCACAAACAUAUAAAUGGUAUCCAUGAGUUCAUCUGACUUUAGUUAAGUAGAAAAAGGGCUUCAUCACUAUCCCUUUAACAGUUCGGACUGAAAAAAGAGUAAGGCUGAAUAUAGCCUAAUCAUUACAUUUUACAUGUUUAGCAGAAGCUCUUAUCCAGAGCAACUUACAUUAGCGUUAAGUGCCUUGCUUAAUGGCACAUCGACAGAUUUUUCACCUAGUCGGCUCUGGGAUUAGAACCAGCAACCUUUCUGUUACUGCCACAACGCUCUUACCCACUAAGCUACCUGCCGCCUUGUAUUAGAACAGUGUAUUUUUACAUUUAUAUUUGGGUGUGAUAUCAAUUAAAUGUCAAUGUGUCUCUCAGGUGUUGUUCUGUAACAAUAUACUGUGACUUGGACCGUAACAUUUCAUGUACACGUCUUUCUUCUGCUCCUGUCAACAGCAUUACAUCCUGGCAUUCGGUGGCAUCAUUGCAGUGCCUCUGAUCCUGGCCGAGCCUCUCUGUAUUGGAGACAACAAUGCCGCCAAGAGCCAACUCAUCUCCACCAUAUUCUUUGUGUCGGGUGUGUGCACACUGCUUCAGACCACUAUCGGAACCAGGUAGCUAGUCCUCUUGGCAUUUCCUUAACAGCUUAACUUUCACAUAAGGGAACAAACAUAUACACUGAGUGUACAAAACAUUAAGAACACCUGCUCUUUCCAUUACUUAGAUUGACCAGCUGAAUCAAGGUGAAAGUUAUGAUCCCUUAUUGAUGUCACUUGUUAAAUCCACUUCAAUCCAUGUAGAUGAAGGGAAGGAGACAGGUUAAAGAAGGAUUGUUAAGCCUUGAGACGAUUGAGUCAUGGAUUGUGUAUGUGUGCCAUUCAGAGGGUGAAUGGGCAAGACAAAAUAUUUAAGUGCCUUUGAACGGGGUAUGGUAGUAGGAGCCAGGCGUACUGGUUUGUGUCAAGAACUGCAACACUGCUGGGUUUUUCACGUUCAACUGUUUCCUGUGUGACAUCCAGCCAACUUGACACAACUGGGGAAAGCAUUGGGGUCAACAUGGGCCAACAACCCUGUGGAACACUUUUGACACCUUGUAGACUCCAUGCCCCAACGAAUUUAGGCUGUUCUGAGGGCAAAAGGGGGGGGUUGAGGUGGUGCAACUCAAUAUUAGGAAGGUGUUCUUAAUGUUUUGUACACUCAGUGUAUCGGCACAAGGAUGUUUAAAUGCAAACACAUUUAAACCCACAGAGGCUUAGAAGAACACAUAGACAAGCGUGUGUGCAUGUAUGCCUGAGUAGACACACAUCUGAACCUAACAUAAAUCCUUCUCUAUCUUCGCCAUCCAUCUAAGUAAUCCUUCUGGAAAUAUCUGUAAAGUAAAGUUCCAGACAGCUUAACGCCUUAAUGUACAGUAUGGUGAGGACAGGGUUAGGGCCUGGGCCUUCCACAGUUUAAGAAUUCCUGUUCAAAGCCUUAUGUUGAGUUGCCAUGAGUUAGAGCAAAAGAGCCCAGGUGUGGGAUUGGUCAGUAUGGCAAUAUAUCACUAUAAGACUAGACAAUCACCCAGAUUAGUCUAUCACAGCCCAGCAGUUAUUUAUCAUCAACAUAACACAAUAGCUACCUUAGUUAUUUAAGCUGGUUUGAGCUAAUAAGUGUCCCCUCUAGUAGUAUACAGUUAAUGACACUGAAUAUACACUGAGUGUACAAAACAUUAGGAACACCUUAUUAAUAUUGAGUUGCACCACCCCUUUUUGCCCUCAGAACAGCCUCAAUUCGUCAGGGUAUGAAGUCUACAAGGUGUUGAAAGCGUUCCACAGGGAUGCUGGCCCAUGUUGACCCCAAUAAUUCCCACAGUUAUGUCAAGUUGUUUGGAUAUCCUUUGGGUGGCGGACCAUUCUUGAUACAAACGGGAAACUGUUGAGUGUGAAAAACCCAGUAGCGUUGCAGUUCUUGACACAAACCAGUGCGCCUGGAACCUACUAAAGGCACUUAAAUCUUUUGUCUUGCCCAUUCAUCCUCUGUAUGGCACACAUACACAAUCCAUGUCUCAAUUGUCUCAAGGCAUAAACAUCAUUCUUUAACCUGUCUCUUCCCCUCCAUCUACACUGAUUUAAGUGGAUUUAACUAGUGACAUCAAUAAGGGAUCAUAGCUUUCACCUGGAUUCACCUGGUCAGUCUGUCAUGGAAAGAGCAGGUGUUCUUAAUGUUUUGUACACUCAGUGUAUCUCAACUGUUGUAAGAUCAAAAUGGGUUGGUAGUAUAAGGCUAAAACCACUGGACCAGGGAUGCAUCCAGUGGAAGAAAUCAGGCAAAUAGGCAACUAGUUACCCAACCAGCUACCCAACUAGCUACCCAAUCAGCUACCCAACCAGCUACCCAAUCAGCUACCCAACUAGCUACUCAACCAGCUACCCAAUCAGCUACCCAACCAGCUACCCAACUAGCUACCCAGCCAGCUACCCAACCAGCUACCCAAUCAGCUACCCAACUAGCUACCCAACCAGCUACCCAACUAACUACCUAACUAGCUACCCAACCACCUACCCAUUUCAAUUAAGUUUAUCGUCACUAUACAUCAUUACUUGGCUCCAGGUAUCAGGGAUCAUUCCGUGACCAUUGAGACGACAUUGGGAUAAUAUUGGGUAUGUCGUGAUCGAGUUAACUUGAGCUUCUUUGACAAUCUGCAUCUACACAGCUUUAGGUCAAAGGUUAGCUAAACUCAUCUAAAGAGCCCAGGGGAGUUGUGCUCUUUUAAUCGUAUUUGCUACCAGGCAGACAACUGGCAGGUGAACCAGACCAUUCCAUCCUUAACCCAUGCAUUCUACUGGUUGCCUCUUUCUUUCCACAGGUUGCCAAUCCUCCAGGGGGGUACCUUUAGCUUCAUCACCCCCACUCUGGCCAUCCUUGCCCUGCCUAAGUGGCAGUGCCCUGCCCCCAGUGCCACGUCAGUGUCCCAGCAGCUUCAAAACGCCACUGAAUCCCUGCUAAUGGACUCUGAUGAGGUGUGGAAGUCACGCAUGAGAGAG